UUUGUUGCAUUUUAGUAAGGAAGGUUUUGCACCAUGUGUAUAGUGUAGAAUAUCUAUAUAUGUAGCAUGUUGUCCAAUUAUGUUCUAUGUAGCACCGAGGUUCUGGGGAAAUGCUAUCUCAUUGCACUGUCAGCCAUGAUCACAUUGAAUGGCGGUGCUGGCUCAAAGGGCCGAAUGGCCUCCUCCUGCACCUAUUGUCUAUUGCCUAUUGUGUACUGUGUAUACAGCUGUAAUGACAAUCCUCUUGAAUCUUGAAUCUUGAAGAGAAUGAAUGAAUGAGUACUUUUAUUGGCCAAGUAUUCUUAUACAAGGAAAGGGUCAUACAACAUACAACAUACAACAUACAAGGGAGGGAAGGAGGGAAAGAGGCAGCGAACGAGAGAGAGAGAGAGAAGAGAAAGAGAAGAGGGCUGCAGGAGGGUGGAGUGAAGGAAGGAGAGGGAGAGGUGGGGGAAGGGAGAAAAGAGAAAUGAAGAAGAGAAGUGAAGGAGAGGGGAGAGCAAGUGUGGAGAAGAAUGAAGGGGUGAGAGAGAGAGGGAAUGUAAUGGAGCGGGGUGUGGGAGAGGGAGAGGGAGAGGGGAGAGACUGUGUGUGUGUUUGUUUGAGUGUGGCCAGCUAGGUUUGUUUACUGCCUGUCCCUACGAGCCUGCAUGUAAACUGAGCCCACAACUCACGGUAAAUUAUUUACCUGCAAAUGAUUGUGUUUCAGUCAUCAGGGCAGCAUUCCUUCAGACUGUUCCCCAAACUGAACCAGCUGGUUCUGGCAACAGCCCCAUGCUGCUGGAACGUGCCAAACAGCCAGAGGUGAACGACACUGUUCACAAGGGCGGAGAGAGAAGUAGUGGUGACAGGAAGGACUAACCCACCCCAGACAGACAGGUGAAGGGCGAUUUGUCUCAUAAACCCGGACUCAGGCCCAGCUUCCACUCCUCAGGCUCCUGAUCCACUGCCAACUGAAGGAUCACUAUGGCAGACACAGAACGGCUGAAACAGAGGCUUCAGGCUAUAACGCAAGAGAGAAGGUCUCAGGAGAAGAUUGAAAGCAUGACCAGGGAGUUGGAGGUGGACAGGCUCCUGCUGAGACAGAUGAAGAGGAAAUCAUUGCGGGAGAGAUGGCUUUUGGAAGGGACAAUUAAUUCUUCAAUGGACUCCCAGAGCCACGAACACCAUGAAGCCAACAACAGAAUAUCAGAAGCACAGAAGCUGCAGGAAAGGAUCAACAGACGGCAACUAGAAAUUGAGCACUUGGAGUUAACGGGCCAACAUAACACCUUGCUGAAGCACCCUGAGGCAUAUCCGGAAGUUGGCACUCAGGUGCUUAAAGGUGCCCAAGGAGAAGAUGCCAUUAGUGGGACUGACACUGUGUCUCCGGGGGCAGCUGAAUCAGUCAGCAGAGCCUUGGAAGUGGAUGAAUCUCCGGCAGUGAUCUUCACCAUGAACAGCGAGCGAGUGCAGGAGCUCCCUACAAACAGCGAGGCCUCUUCAAUCCAGAGUAAAGAGAAAGGAGGUCGCUGCGGAUACAGGGAGCAGGGAGAUGAAUGUAGACUGGAUGAAGUCUGGAAUAACGGAGGCUGUGAAUCUCACUACAUGGGCAGCACCAGGAGGAAGGCUCUGGACGUUGAAUGUUCAAACGCUUGCUUGCGCCUGGAACAAAAUCCCGGCAGGAGCGGAGUGGAAAACACUCCAGACCUUCCUGGAAGCUGCACCAACUCUGCCCGUUGCCAGCUGGGAGCUGGAAUGGUGGGCGAUGGAAGUUCUCUGGAGGAACAAAGAGAUGGAGUCCACGUGGAGAUUGUGGCAGGUGCCGGGAGGAUGCAAGAUGCCAGCAGUGUCCACCUCGAUCAGGACCAGGUGUCGAAGCAGCAACAGAUACAGACAACGCCAACACUGUGUGGGAAAACGGAGAGUUUGCUCACUGACCCCAACAUCAACCUUGAUCAGAGUUUAAACAUCCAUGGGGCGGCUAAUUUGGAGGCAGGAUCUGGGAUGCACAACACCAUGGCAGUGGAGGACAUUCCAGUGGGACCAUGCCUGGAAGACAAGGAGCCUUUGGGGCAUCUGUCCACCCUGGGCUAUUCUGCCGUCCCAGAAGUUGGUUCCAGAGAGGUUUUCGAGGGAAUGAUUAAAGCUGAGCUGGUGUUAAUCGCUAACGAAGCAGGUGAAGCCAGCGCUGUGGAUCAUGAAGUGGACAAUGGGCCCAGGACAGAAUGGGUGGAGCAGGAGGAGGAGCAGGGUCAUGGCAGUGGGGGAGAGGGGAAGGGAUUGGAGGAAGCUCCCACUUGCUCCCCAGCUGAUGGCAUCGAUGCUCGUGAGGGGGAUGGGGUCACUGAGCCACGGGGCGGUAGUGAAGGGCCGCACGAGGCUGGGGGUAGAGACAGUCAGCUGGGGAAGCCCAAACUACACGGCCUCUUGGUCCCUGAGGUCAGGGAUACAGAGCCUGCACUGUCAAAGGUGGAGGAGCAGAGUCUGGACACUGGUCUGGAGGUGGGAGUGGACAAGGGGACAGAGGUAACGGGUGGGGAGGGGAUAGUGGAGGGGUGGGUGGGCACGGGGGUGGGGGCUGGUCUGGAGGAUGCCGCAGGUACUGGGCGAGGGGAGGGGGUGGGGAAGGGGUUUGUCGCUGACCAAGGGCAAGGGUCGGGCACCGAUAGAGAGGGUGUGGUGGACACUGUGUUCGAGGAGGGGGUGGGGACCAGGCGAGAGGCGGGGGUGGACAUUGAGCGAGGGGAGGAGGUCAGCAUUGAGCUGGGGGAGGGGGUGGGGGGCUGGUCUGGGGGAAGUGGUCAACAUUGA